AUGUUUCUUCGCCGGCAGGAACCAACGUUGGACGAGGAUAACAGAUGCUCAGGACGUUGUAAGGCCAUCAUUGGCAGAAUUGUGGAGCAAGUGAGGGCGGAGACUGAGCAAUGGUCACAAAUGCAAGAAAUGCUGGGGAGGGUGAGGGGAGAAAUGGAAGAACUGCAGGCGUCCCGUGAUUUCUGGGAACAUCGAGCGCAUAAUUCAGAUAGCGAGAUUCAGUCCCUUAAACAUGCUGCGGAAGAAUGGAAAGAGAAAGCUCAUGGGUAUGAAAACAAGGCCAAUGAGCUGCAACUCCAACUAUCUGUGUUGGAAAAAUAUUUGGUUUCAAAGAUGUUUCUUCGCCGGCAGGAACCAACGUUGGACGAGGAUAACAGAUGCUCAGGACGUUGUAAGGCCAUCAUUGGCAGAAUUGUGGAGCAAGUGAGGGCGGAGACUGAGCAAUGGUCACAAAUGCAAGAAAUGCUGGGGAGGGUGAGGGGAGAAAUGGAAGAACUGCAGGCGUCCCGUGAUUUCUGGGAACAUCGAGCGCAUAAUUCAGAUAGCGAGAUUCAGUCCCUUAAACAUGCUGUGGAAGAAUGGAAAGAGAAAGCUCAUGGGUAUGAAAACAAGGCCAAUGAGCUGCAACUCCAACUAUCUGUGCUUCAGGAGGAGCUUAAGAAAUCUGAAGCAGAAGUAAAACUUGAGACAAACAGGGAGUUAAAGACGAUUUCGGAUCCUCCAAGAAAACAACUUGUAAUGAAAAGUCAUGUAUUAAAAUGUCACUUGAAGGAAAACCAAUGUUGUGAUGAAUUUGAGAAUGCCAAGGAUGAGCUGAAUAUGGAAGAAAAUAGGGUCACAACGCCGACGAAAGAGUUGGCGCCUAUUUCUUUGGCUAAGCAGCUUGCAAAGGAGAAGAGAAUGCUUGAGUGUCAUGCUUGA